CCCUACUGCUCGAAAAGAAAAAUCAUUUAACUAGCAACGUCCCACUUCCCUAUGCGGGGAAAAAAAUAAGACAAAAAUAAGGAAGGAAAAUGCAGGCUGCUCUUUCCUCCUGCACCGAAAAUUCCAGCCACAGAUCCUCCUUCCCUAAUCUGUUUCUCGUCGGCUGAAAUCCAAUUCAACGCUCGCUCUCCCUCGCCGCCUCCGUCCGCGAGGUGAUCGCCGCCGUUUCUUUGAUUCAUCUUCCAUGGCCGCCAAUUCUCAGCCCGCAGGCGGUGGAGCUCCUCCGAAACCUUGGGAGCGUGCGGGGCCAUCAUCGUCUGGUCCAGCACCUUUCAAACCUCCGUCAGCUGGGAGCAGCAGUGCUGUGGUUGAAGCAUCUGGUACUGCAAAACCAGGUGAAAUUGUUCCACCAGGCAAUAACAAUGCAGUGGCGAAUACAAACCCCAACCAACGGCCUGUUCCAAACAGGCCGUGGCAGCCACAGACAACGCAGUAUGGAGCAGGAGGAUUGUCAUCUAUUUAUAUGUUUUGGUUCUUGCUUCAUGUUAAUUUCUUCAUUUCAGGGUAUGGUAUGAGUAAUUCAUAUGGAAUGGGAGGUGGAUACAGUAGCAGUUUGUAUGGAAACAACAUGUACAGAGGGGGAUAUGGUGGUUUAAGCGGUGGCGGAAUGUAUGGCGGUGGCGGAAUGUACGGCGGUGGCGGGAUGUAUGGUGGUAGCGGGAUGUAUGGUGGUUAUGGAAACCAAAUGGGUGGUGGGUAUGGAAUGGAUCCUUAUGGUCAGCAGCAGAAUCCUGACGAUGUUCCUUCUCCUCCUGGAUUCAUGGCAGGUGCUGUGAAUUUCUUUGGACGAGUAGCAAUGCUGAUAGACCAGAAUACUCAGGCAUUCCACAUGUUCAUGAGCGCUCUUCUUCAGCUGUUUGAUCGGUCUGGAAUGUUAUAUGGCGAGCUAGCCAGAUUUGUUCUGAGAAUGCUCGGUGUGAGAACACCAAAAAAGGUCGACGGAUCAGCACCUCAGGGGCAACAGAGGCAGCAGCAACAGAACCAGGGUCCUAAAGCCGGCGGAGGAGGAUGGGACAAUGUCUGGGGAGACGAGAACAGCAGCUAAGUACAAGGACUUGGUCAACUGUAACCCGUUUUCGACCAUGGAAGAGAAAUUUGAGCAAGAACAAUGAAAGAGAUGGGAAAAAAGGAGUCCGUUGGGCGUCAUCAUGGCUCAGUGAGUUCAGGCCUCGAAUCCCUGGCACAGUGCAAACAGCGCUACUUACUACAAUACAGUCGAAUGUCUGCUUGAUUGAAAUAAAAUAAACUAAACUCUAGUACAUAUGCAUAUUAUGCAUUCUCUAUCUCUCUCGUUUAUCAUUGUGGCCUUUACCAUCUGUGUGUGCUCUCUGAAUAGGUAAGGGAUUUCUCUAAGCAUUGAUAUUUGUACUGUUGUGAAAAUGUGUACCAUCAUCGAGUGAUUUAAAGAAAACAAGAAGAGAAAGAUUGGACUUUGGAGUGUAUUACGUUGUUAUUCUUAAUUAAAUCCGCCCCUUGAAGGCGAUGUGCGUUUUUUAAUGCAUCAACUGGUUGAUUGGUCAACAAAUGAGCCAAUUUUCAAUCAAACCUGCAAUGGAGGAACAGUUCUGAAAUUGUCGCCCAACGCAGCAACGAUGUCACUCCAAAUAGCAUCAGUCUUCUUUCUCAC